GUCGCCCUAACGUCACAUCCGUGAAGCCUGGUAGCUUCUGGCAAGUACCAGAGCUUGCACUCGGAAGUCAUUUGCAUGUUAUUUGAUGAUAAGAAACAGCUGCAUAUACUGGAUAAGUUGAAAGGAUAGUGUGACGUUAAAGGAACAUCAUGGAGGAACAAACUGCAGACAUAGAGGUGACGGUCAAAACACUAGACUCCCAAAGCAGAACAUACACUGUUGGUGCUCAAUUGACAGUGAAAGAGUUCAAGGAGCACAUUGCCCCUUCAGUGGGUAUCCCUGUGGACAAGCAGAGGCUGAUCUACCAGGGCAGAGUCUUACAGGAUGAAAGGACUCUGGCAGACUACAAUGUGGAUGGCAAGGUGAUACAUCUCGUGGAGCGGGCGCCCCCUCCACCCUCCCAGCCCGGCUCAGGGUCAGGAGGCACGUCAGCCGACAGUGGACCCUCCUCUUCCUCCCAGGGCACAUCACAAGUGCCUCCACAUGAUCGCAAUGCUAACAGCUACGUAAUGCUUGGCACCUUCAACCUCCCUGUCAACAUAAUGGACCCCCAGCAGAUACAGAUGUCUGUUCAGCAGAUGGUGUCUGGUAUGGGAGAGAAUGCCAGGAAUGCCAGAGUCACAACCAGCACUGGGAGCAAUGGGUCCGUGAAUGUGCACAUUGACAUGGACCAGCCAGUGCAGAGCGAGCCGAGGCUGAGGCUGGUGCUGGCUGAGAACCUGCUCCGGGACAUCAAUGAUGUCAUCCACAGGAUGGAGGGUCGGCCGAGCGACUCAUCCGCCCAAACGGAGACAACUUCUGCUGCUGCUGCUGCUGCCGCUCCCCCUCCUCCCUCAUCUUCAUCUACCACCUCCACUCCCUCCCCCUCUGCCCAGCCCAUGGACACCUCCCCACCUCCAACAACUCCCCCAACUCCCCCACCUCCACCCACCUCUUCAGCACAAUCUGAGGGACCAACACCCCAACCUGGACCUAAUCACCCCAGCCCAGCCGAGCUGGCGGAGAUGUUGUCUGAGCUGCGGAGGGUGGAGGAGAGACUGCAGCCCUUCAUUCAGAGAGCUCACACCAUCCUUGAGACUGCUACCACCGCAGAAUACAACAAUAAUACGGAGAGAGAGGAGGACCAGCGCACUCUCAUCCUGACAUGGGAGUGUCUCCGUCUCCUUGGUAACGCCCUUGUGGCCCUCAGUGACCUGCGAUUGAACCUCAUGAGCCCUGUGCCCCGCCACCUGCAUGUGGUCCGGCCGUUUUCCCACUAUGCCACCCCAGUCACUCUGCCUGGAGCUGUGCACCACCACAUCCCAGUCCAAAUGAACCUGGGAGCCACAGUGACUGUUGCGGGUAAUAGCACUGAGGGACAGGCCUCGUCCACCCAACCGGCCAGCCAGUCGGAGCAGCCAGGUGAUGGACAGACUCCGCCACCACAUAGUUCCCCAUCCAAUCAGCAGGCUGGACCGGGACAGGCUGGCCCCCGUGUCAUCAGGAUCAGCCACCAGGCAGUCCCGGUGGUCAUGAUGCAGAUGAACACAGAUGGACCAGGUGCAAACCCUGCUGCAGCUGGACAGCAAAUUCCUGGACAACCAGGUGCCCUCCCCCCCGACUUUAUGCGAAAUCUCAUGCAACAGAUCAGCCAAUAUGCUGCCGCCGUAGCUACUAGUGCCGCUACGGCCACUGCCACUGGCCAACCAAUCCCGCCCCAGCCCACUCCUCCUGGCUACAGCUCCACAGCCAACUCCUCGACUACCACCACGGGUCCUAACACACCCACCACCACGCCUACUGCUCCCCCACCACCUCCCCAUGGUGGUCCCCAGCCCCAGGCCAGGGUUGUGUUCACCCGGCCCCCCUUUGCACCCAACAUGCCCCCUCCAGCCUUCGGCACCCGGGGAACCACCAUCAAUGUGAGGGCUGCCAUGCCGGGCCAGCAGCCAGGACAGGCUUUCAACCCUGCCGCUCUCAACCAGAUGAUUAGUGGACUGGUUGGACAGCUUUUGCUGCCGGGACAAAUGGCUGGUCAAACAGUCACAUCCUCCUCCUCCACAUCCACAUCUUCCUCAUCCUCCUUUUCUUCCUCCUCUCAAACUUCCUCAGCCUCCUCCUCCUUUUCUUUCUCCAACUCGGGUCCAACUCCUCCGCCUACCGCAAACACUACAACUCCAGCGAGCCAAUCGGAGACCAACACUAGUGAGGCCCAGUCCCAGGAGAUGCCCCCAGACCUCAGCCAGCUCUUGGGUUCUCUCCUUGGAGUAGCCGGCGGUGCCGGUGCGGGCCCUGUAGGGGCCCCUUCGAUUACUGUCACCACAUCUGGUGUCCCAGCCUUCAUCCAGGGAGUGAGUGAAUUCAUGCAGCAGGCCCAACCCAUCUUCUCUCCACCCCCACCUCCCUCUGGCACCACUCCUGCUCCUGCUGCAGGGCCCAACCCCAACCCCGCCGGAGCCGGAGCCGAAGCCCUGAACCCGGAGCUGUUCACAGGCAUCGUCCGUGGAGUCCUGAGCACCAUGAUGGGCUCCCUGGGCCAGGCCCAGAACGACACGGAGAGCAUUGCCCAGUUCAUGCAGAGGCUGUCCCAGGCAACCAACAUUUUCAUCAGUCCUGAGGAUCCCACCGGGUUUUUUGGAGAGCUGUUGAUGUUGGUGUGCCAGACGUUCACCAUGUCAGACCUGGUGAUGCUGCUUCAUGGCCAGCACCAGCCCCUCGGACGCAUCCAGCCUCAACUGUCCCAGUUCUUCACGCAGAACUACCUCAACGGCAGGGAGCCCACCGAUGAGAACAUUGCUGCUGCAGCCAACAGUCUUGUCAACGAACUGGAGGAGUAUAUCAGUGAGAGCUUUAGAGAGUCUUCAGUCACAGUGUUGGAGGGCGUUGACGUCACUCAGACCAACAUGUCCUUCUUCAGACAGCAGCUGAUGCUCAUUGCCACACACAUUCUGCGUUGCACAGAUGACUCAUUUGGGCCCCGGCUGCUACUGAUGUGCAACCAGGCGCUGUUUGAGUGUCUUGCCCUCAACCUCCACUGCCUGAGAGGAGACCAGAGAGCCCUCACUGCAGUCAUCAACCACCGAAUACGGAGGAUGUCCAGUGACAUCAGCCCCAGUCUGGUCAACUGGAUGACCAGCAUGAUGACGAUGAGGCUGCAGGUGAUUCUGGAGCAUAUCCCCAUCACACAGGAGCAGAUCCAGAGCUACAUAGUUCACACACAGAGAGAUCCGUCUUCUGCAACUGGCACACAAGAGCCCGAACAAGCACAAAGUGCAACGAUCGGGGACAUCCUCUCACCUGCUGCAGCCACCACAGCAGAGGAGGCCAUGUCGGUGUCACACGACACGAGGGCGUCGUCACAGGAAACAAGGGUGUUGCCUGGAGACCUGGGAACCUCAGGAGGAGCUGCACCAUUAGGUGGCGACAUGGCAGCAGCGGGAGCUGAGGGAGGGAGCGAGGACUCUGCUCGAGACUCAGAGGCCUGGGCAGCUGCUGUUCCACCUGAGUGGGUUCCCAUCAUCAGGUGUGACAUGAUGACCCAGAGGAAGAUGAAGGCUCAGCCCCCGCUGUCUGACGCUUAUCUGCAUGGCAUGCCAGCUAAACGCAGGAAGACGGGACUGGGUGGCGGAAGCCUCCUCUCCCUCUCUGAUGCGGUGAGUCAAGCCGCCAGGGCAGCCGGCGUGAAGCCCAUCACUUCUGCGGAGCGGUUACAAGACGACCUGGAGACCCAGGAGCUGAAGGAAGCGUAUGCAGAACAGGUUAAAGCAGACAUUAAGAAACGAGUGAGGGAAGACCCGGAUUUCACCUCUCAGCACUCCCCUAACGCACACAGAGCGUUCUCAUCAGACUCAUAAUCCAGUCCAACUGAUAAGAAACCUGCAAGACGCCAUUUUCCUCUUCAUUCUUUUUCUUGGAUCUUCAUUCGACUUCCACUCAAUGCAGCUUCACCCUCAAACUGUCUGUAUGGCUUUUUAGGCAGUUAGCAGCUCUCUUGACUAAUUGCAUCAUGCUAAUGUGACUACUUCUCCCAGUGCCUAUUUAUUUCUUUGUGUUUUAUUUUGGUCCAACUUUUGCUGAGAGAAUGUUCUUUGUGAAAAGGUAUCUGAUUUUAAGUUUGACUAAAUCACAUCACUUCUGUUUGGAUAUAUGUGAAUGUGUAUGUCCUUUUUGCCCACAUAUGCUCGUGUUGCUUUGUUAAUAUGGAGCCUGAAUUCUCAUUAUUUAGUGGACUUUAGCCUUCCUGUCAAUACUCUCGACCGCAAGAGUAUACUUUCAUGUAAUGAACAUGCUGUUUGGUACAUGAAUGUACAGUAAGCUUAAUAAAGAUCUUGAUACAACACAA